AUGAAAUACAGGCUCGCUGAGAAGGAGCUAGGGCGGGGGAACUUUGGAGUGAUUCACGUAGUGGAGAGCCCUCAGACUGGGGAGCAGUUUGCAUGCAAGAGCAUCACCAAGGCCAAAUUUGAGGUGAGCAGUGCUGCAAUGUUCCAUUGGUGCAUGGCAUGCAGUGUAUAUGAGCUAGCUGAGAAGGAGCUAGGGCGGGGGAACUUUGGAGUGAUUCACGUAGCGGAGAGCCUUCAGACUUGGGAGCAGUUUGCAUACAAUAGCAUCACCAAGGCUAAAUUCGAGUGUUGGGACGACGUGGAGGACGUGAGGAGGGAGUGUUGGGACGAUGUGGAGGACGUGAGGAGGGAGUGUUGGGACGAUGUGGAGGACGUGCGGAGGGAGGUGAGCGUGCUGGAGACGCUGAGAGGCAAUCCGUAUGUGGUGUUGAUAGUUGAGACGAUCGAAGAUGAGAAGGAGGUGCACAUAGUGAUGGAGCUGUGCAGCGGGGGCGAGCUCUUUAAUCGCAUUCUAGACCGCAAGCACUACGGGGAAAGGCAGGCAGCUCGGGUGAUUCGCUCCGUCGUGGAGGUUUUGGGCGAGCGCUGCAAGCUGAGAGCCGGAACACCCAACUACAUUGCCCCGGAGGUGAUAGCCAAGAACUACAGUCCUAUCCAUUUACCCUAUCCUACCCAUUCUCUCUCCUUCCCCCCCUCCCAUCCUCCACCUUCAGGCGAGCGCUGCAAGCUGAGGGCCGGAACGCCCAACUACAUACAUGGCCCUGGAAGUCGUAGCGAAGAACUACGGCACGGAGGCGGACGUGUGGAGUGCGGGGGUGAUCCUUUCCUUCCCCUUAUCCAACCCGUUUUGCCCCAGGGGGGCAUCCCCAUCCCCUCCCUCCUCCCAUCCUCUCCCUCCCUCCCUCUCUCCCAUCCUCCCUCCCUCCCUCCCUCCCCAGGCGAGAGGUGCAAGCUGCGUGCCGGAACUCCGAAUUACAUUGCUCCAGAAGUUAUUGCAAAAAAUUACGGAGCUGAAGCGGACGUGUGGAGUGCGGGGGUGAUCCUGUACGUGCUGCUGUGCGGGCUGCCGCCCUUCUGGGGGGACACCACAGAGGACGUCUUCAAGAGCAUUUUGUGA